AUGGUGGAAAAGAAGCUAAGAUGGAAGACCAAAUCACUCUAUUCAUCUCUCAAAUUCACACUUUUUACAAUCACAGGGGAUAAGCCCAGGAAGAAUCUGAAAGUACUUCAGGCAGACUUGAAUCAUGUUAAUGCAGAUACAUCAGAAGGAGAAGAACAAAUACAGGGUGAUCUCACUUAUAGAUGGCACUUAGGAAGUGAGCACAAAUCAGAGCUUGGGAAGAGGAGAAUCAAGGAUGCCUUGGGGGUCCUUGCACAGGGAUGGGCUUCAAUGUCAAAUAUACAGUCAGUGCUGCAGAGAACAAUGCUUCCAAAUUCAAAUGUACAGUUAUCUGGGGAUCUUGUUAAAAUGAAGAUUCAUUGCAAAGUUCACAUUUCUAAGUUUCCAGCUGAUGUGAAUCCUGCCAGUUGUGAGUCAAGAGUAGCGGCUUCCAAAGGACGGGCAGGCAGGGGUGCGGGGGAGACCGAAGGAGAGGAGACAACCUCCCUUUCCGCUGAUUCGGGCUCCUCCAGCUGCUGCGGGCCUCGGCGCGGCCACCCGGGAGCGCCCAGAUGGAGACCCCGCGCCCCCCUAGCUGGGGUCAUUCUGUGCAGUGACCGGAGCUCCGCUGGGCCGCCUCUUGCCCUCAGACUCGGGCCCCGGCUCCUCCUUCCCUGGCUCGGUCCCACAGUGCAGCCCCCCGGAAGUGUGCGCCCGCACCCCGGGCCAAGAGCCUGGGAAGCCACAGGUCAGCCUCGAUUCAGACCUCCUCUGCCCAACAGUGAUGCUGUCACAGAUACACCAUUCUUACCAAAUUCUCUUCCUCUCCUGAAAGCACCUCUUUCCAGGAGACCCAGAAAUGUUGGUGGUGUAGUUCAGUCUGUGUCUGAAGGCCUGAGGACCAAGAGUAGAAAUCCUCAUGUGAGAACUGCAAAGGAAAGAAGUCCCAGCUUAAACAAUGUGAGGAGAAGAGAGGGAGGGUGGCCACCCUGUCCCAGUGGAGCAUCGCCAGGAGGCCUCCUCUGGAUGCCACGCCACGGCCGCAGCUCAGCAGGGGAUCCCGGGCGCCAGGAGAUGGCUGUGCUCAGUAAUAUCCUAGCGGCCUAUUCCUUUGUCUCAGAGAACCCGGAGAGGGCGGCCCUGUACUUCGUCUCGGGAGUGUGCAUCGGGCUGCUGCUCACCUUGGCAGCCCUGGUGAUGAGGAUCUCCUGCCACACUGACUGCAGCCGCCGGCGGCCCAGGAACAAGUUCCUGCAAGCAGGCGAGAGCAGCAGCGACAGCAGUGACAGCGAGGACUGCAGCUCAGAAACGGCAUCUGACAUCUCGGUGCGGAGGCACAGGCGCUUCGAGAGGACUUUGAACAAGAACGUCUUCACCUCUGCGGAAGAGCUGGAGCGUGCACAGCGACUGGAGGAGCGCGAGCGCAUCAUCAGGGAGAUCUGGAUGAACGGGCAGCCCGAGGGGCCCGGGACCCGGAGCCUUAACCGCUACUACUAGGCAGGUGCAGCACCUCCUCCUACUGGGUCCUCAGCUCAGUUCCCGCCUGCUGGCUCCGGGGCAGCAGAUGAGAAGCAGGGCAUGGUCAUUUUAGCCAGGAGGACUCAAGGCAUCCUUUGUGACUACAGAUUUGCAGAUGGAGAAAAAACUCAGUCUGCACAUGAGUCUUUCCGGGUCUUGGGGCUGGGCUGGUGCUGACAACAACCCCUCUCCAAGAAGUGGCUGGAUGGAGGUUGAGAGAAAUGCCACUCUGGUUUCUGAGGAUCACAGAAGUGACCGCAGACUUCCUUGUUGCUAUGUUAUUCCUUUACAAAAGGAAAGAUUUUAUUUUAUUUUGUAGCCCAAGGGCUACGAAUAGCAGGGUGAAUUAAACCUAGAAGAUGCAAUGUUUUGAACGACUCCAUGUUAAUGGAAAAAUUCUGAUCCAGAUAGCAUGAUCUGUGCUUAUUAUUUAAGGCUUUUUUUUUUUUUAAAUCUUGGGUUGCAAUGGCAACCUUAUCCAUUUUAACUGACACCUCAGGGAUUAAAAUCCUACUUUUUUUUUUUGGUUAUAGUUCCUCAUUCAAGAAAACGAACAGAAUUAUUGUAUAAUGGGAGAUGUGUCAGUCAACUAGAAAAUGUCGAUGAUCUCGAAGGAUGAAGGGUUUUAUUUUAAGUAGUCUAUAAAAUAUAUAUUAACACACAUAUAUUUGAAAAUACUGUAUGAGAAUAAAAGCUGUGGCUUCCCCCCCCUUUGGAGAGAAGAAACUUGUGACUUUUGAUAAUCACAAUUCUAAAUACUUUUUUUAAAAUUUGGAUUUCCAUACAAAGAAUAGGAGAAAAAGAAUAAGGUCAAAAUUAGGAUGGGACAAAAAUAAAUACUAAGUAAAAUG